UUCUCAUGCCGGAUUUUCCCGGGCCAUGAAUAAUCUCGAAGCCCCCUCGAUAAAUACACGUUCAGGGAUGCCCGGAGCUCAUUCAACCCGCCAGCCUCCCCGACGAGAAAGGACCCGGGCAGCAGCAGCAGGAGCCGAAAAACCACCGCACCAUGAAGUUUCCCCGAAGCUGCGACUCCGACCCAACCGCCCGCCGCCGCUCCCCCGCCCUGAUGCUGCUGCUGCUGCCGCCGCUGCUGCUCCUUCUCCUGCUGCUGCCCGGGGCCGCCGCCGCCCCGCUGCCCUCCGCCGCCGCCGCCGAUUCCUCCGGGGAGGCCGAGUUGGAAGAAUCGACGGGGCGGCGGGCGGCGCUGCCCGACAGCCUGCGGCUGGCCCGGCUGCUGCACGCCCGGGCCACCCAGCUGAAGGAGGAGAUGUGCGAGAAGUUCACCGUCUGCGAGAACAGCAUGGAAAUGCUCGCCCAGAACCACCUCAACCUCCCCAAGGUGACAGAAGAAGACGGGUGUCUGCUCACCGGCUUCCAUGAGGAUAAAUGCCUGAAGAAAAUCUCCAGCGGGCUCUACGCCUUUCAGACAUACCUUGAAUACGUACAGGACACUUUCACUAGUGAAAAGCAAAACGUGGAAUCGCUGUGCUAUGGCACAGAGCACCUGGCACGCACCCUGAAGGAGAUGGUGAUAAACCCCGAUGAAGUGAUCAUCCCAGACUCAGCUACCCAGGAAUCCCUCCGCGCAAAGCUGAAGUCCGAUAAGACCUGGAUAGAGAAAAUCACCAUCCACCUCAUCCUCCGAGACUUUACUUCGUUUAUGGAGAAAACCGUGAGGGCCGUUCGCUACUUGAAAAACACCAGGAGUUUCAGUGCCUGAAUGUUUUAAUUCAGGCACAAUCCUUUGUUACAAAUCUGUCAUGUGGCAGAUGACAGUGUUGUUCUGUUUUAAGAACCAGAAAGAGUAACAAUGGUUUGCAUUUAUGUAUAUUCUCAUUUCCUUGCAGGAACCUAUUUAUUGUAUUUAAAAUAUUUAUUCGUUUAGAAUGUUUUUCCUAUUUAUAUUUUCGAUAUUUAGAAAUAAUUUAAACAAAGGACCUAUUUUAUUUCAUUUUUAACGGUACUAUUCAGAACAUCAACUUAUUUAAUAUGUAUUUAAAAAUAUUUUCAGAAGCCAGAAAAGUUUUUGUAUAACUUAUGCAUUUAAAAUAUUUGUGAUGGUAUUUAUGACUUAUUUAUAUUUUUAGAACAAAUAAAAGCUGAUUUUAAAGAAAACACCUGUGUAACCUGUUUGAACUUUAAAUAAGGAACUCUAAUGUAUCCAACUUUUAAUACCCACAAUUAUCAAAAUAACCACUUUCAAGAUCUUAAGUUUUAUCUGUAGAAUUAGGUCAGUUAUCAGC